AUGAGACGUGCAAAAGUAUUUUCUGGUUCUUCACACCCUGAACUUGCGGAUUUUAUAUGCGAAAAGUUAGGAAUACCUCCCGCUCCUGUUACUUUAAAGAAAUUUAGUAAUCAAGAAACCUCAGUUGAAAUUGGGUGCUCCGUUCGUAAUGAAGAUGUUUACAUUAUUCAAUCUGGUUCAAAUAAUAUUAAUGACCAUCUUAUGGAAUUAUUAAUUAUGAUUUCAGCAUGCAAAGGCUCAUCAGCAAGUCGAAUCACUGCUGUUAUGCCUUAUUUCCCAUAUUCGAAACAAAGCAAAAAGAAAAAAUAUCGUGGGGCCAUAACGGCAAAGAUGGUGGCCAAUUUGCUUUCGGUCGCUGGUGUAGAUCACAUUAUCACGAUGGAUCUUCACGCGUCACAAAUGCAGGGCUUUUUCAAUAAGCCAGUUGAUAAUUUAUACGCUGAACCAAGUAUCGCUAAAUGGAUUCAAGAUUCUGUUCCUGAAUACAAUAAUGGCGUAGUCGUGAGUAAAAAUGCUGGCGGUGCAAAAAGAGUAACGUCUCUUGCCGAUCGUCUCAAAAUUGAUUUUGCGCUCAUUCAUACUGAAUGUACACGAGGUUCUCACCAAUCAGUUGGGAAUCAAGUAACCGAAAUAUCAACCCUUUCUUCUACUUCUUCUAGUAAUCAUGAUAAUGUUUUUCAUACGUCAAAUAUGACAACUAAUCUUACCACAUCAAUUGUUGAUGGAAAACUCGAUGAUGUAAAUGACGAUGAUGUUCCUUUGUCAAAAGAAUCGAUAGAUGAAGAAACUAGUAGUACUAUAACACUUGUAGGCGACGUUGCUGGAAAAGUUGUCUUUAUAGUCGAUGAUAUGGUCGACAAGUCAGGUUCGUUUAUAGCAGCCGCAGAACAUUUGAUGAAAAAGUGUAACGCAAAACGUGUUUACGUAAUUGCUACUCAUGGAAUUUUAAGUGGUGAUAGCAUCAAAGAGAUAGAGCGUUGCAAGAGCAUACAUCAGCUGGUAAUUACAAAUACAUUUCCAAUUCCACACGAGAAGAGAUGUCAAAGCACAAAGAUUGUAAUAAUUGAUGUCUCGGCUACUUUAGCUGAAGCAAUUAGGAGAACUCAUAAUGGCGAAAGCAUUAGUUAUUUAUUUUAUACUGCAUUAUAA